GGCCUGUCCCAUCCAUCCUGACCUGUUCCAUCUCAGCCCCGGGACUCAGUGCUGCGGUUGCCAACACUGCUGCCAGGCAUGAUGGAUGGGCCACGUUCCGACGUUGGCCGUUGGGGUGGCAACCCCUUGCAGCCCCCUACCACGCCUUCUCCAGAGCCAGAGCCAGAGCCAGAGCCAGACAGACGCUUUCGCAGAGGAGGAGGCCGUUCCUUCUGGGCUCGCUGCUGUGGCUGCUGUUCAUGCCGAAAUGUGGCAGAUGACGACUGGGGACCCGAACCCUCUGACUCCAGGGGUCGAGGGUCCAGCUCUGGGACUCGAAGACCUGGCUCCCGGGGCUCAGACUCCCGCCAGCCUGUCUCCCGGGGCAGCGGUGUCAAUGCAGCUGGAGAUGGCACCAUCCGAGAGGGCAUGCUAGUAGUGACCGGUGUGGACUUGCUGAGCUCGCGCUCGGACCAGAACCGCCAAGAGCACCACACAGACGAGUAUGAAUACGAUGAGCUGAUAGUACGUCGCGGGCAGCCUUUCCGCAUGCUUCUCCUCCUGUCCCGGACCUAUGAAUCCUCUGAUCGCAUCACCCUUGAGUUACUCAUCGGAAACAACCCUGAGGUGGGCAAGGGCACGCACGUGAUCAUCCCAGUGGGCAAGGGGGGCAGUGGAGGCUGGAAAGCCCAGGUGACCAAGGCCAGUGGGCAGACUCUGAACCUACGGGUCCACACUUCCCCCAACGCCAUCAUCGGCAAGUUUCAGUUCACAGUCCGCACACAGUCAGACGCUGGGGAGUUCCAGUUGCCCUUUGACCCCCGCAACGAGAUCUACAUCCUCUUCAACCCCUGGUGCCCAGAGGACAUUGUGUACGUGGACCAUGAGGAUUGGCGGCAGGAGUAUGUGCUUAAUGAGUCUGGGAGAAUUUACUACGGGACCGAAGCACAGAUUGGCGAGCGGACCUGGAACUACGGCCAGUUUGACCACGGGGUGCUGGAUGCCUGCCUAUACAUCCUGGACCGGCGGGGGAUGCCAUAUGGAGGCCGUGGAGACCCAGUCAGUGUCUCCCGGGUCAUCUCUGCCAUGGUGAACUCCCUGGAUGACAAUGGAGUCCUGAUUGGGAACUGGUCUGGUGAUUACUCCCGAGGCACCAACCCAUCAGCGUGGGUGGGCAGCGUGGAGAUCCUGCUUAGCUACCUACGCACCGGCUAUUCCGUCCCAUAUGGCCAGUGCUGGGUCUUUGCUGGCGUGACCACUACAGUGCUGCGCUGCCUGGGUCUGGCCACCCGUACUGUCACCAACUUCAACUCCGCCCAUGACACAGACACAUCUCUUACCAUGGACAUCUACUUCGAUGAGAACAUGAAGCCCCUAGAGCACCUGAACCAUGAUUCUGUCUGGAACUUCCACGUGUGGAACGACUGCUGGAUGAAGAGGCCAGAUCUUCCCUCGGGCUUCGAUGGGUGGCAGGUGGUGGAUGCCACACCCCAGGAGACUAGCAGUGGCAUCUUCUGCUGUGGCCCCUGCUCCGUGGAGUCCAUCAAGAAUGGCCUGGUCUACAUGAAGUAUGACACGCCUUUCAUUUUUGCUGAGGUGAAUAGUGACAAGGUGUACUGGCAGCGGCAGGACGAUGGCAGCUUCAAGAUUGUGUAUGUGGAGGAGAAGGCCAUCGGCACACUCAUUGUCACAAAGGCCAUCGGCUCCAACAUGCGUGAGGACAUCACCUACCUCUAUAAGCACCCAGAAGGCUCAGACGCAGAGCGGAAGGCAGUAGAGACAGCAGCAGCCCACGGCAGCAAACCCAAUGUGUACGCCAACCGGGGCUCAGCGGAGGAUGUGGCCAUGCAGGUGGAGGCACAGGACGCGGUGACGGGGCAGGAUCUGAUGGUCUCAGUCAUGCUGACCAAUCACAGCAGCAGCCGCCGCACAGUAAAACUGCACCUCUACCUCUCAGUCACCUUCUAUACUGGUGUCACUGGGACCAUCUUCAAGGAGACCAAGAAGGAAGUGGAGCUGGCACCAGGGGCCUCGGACCGUGUGACCAUGCCAGUGGCCUACAAGGAAUAUCGGCCCCACCUUGUGGACCAGGGGGCCAUGCUGCUGAACGUCUCAGGCCAUGUCAAGGAGAGCGGGCAGGUGCUGGCCAAGCAGCACACCUUCCGUCUGCGUACCCCAGACCUCUCCCUCACGUUACUGGGAGCGGCAGUGGUUGGCCAGGAGUGUGAAGUACAGAUUGUCUUCAAGAACCCCCUUCCCGUCACCCUCACCAAUGUCGUCUUCCGACUCGAGGGCUCUGGGUUACAGAGGCCCAAGAUCCUCAAUGUUGGGGACAUCGGAGGCAAUGAAACAGUGACACUGCGCCAGACGUUUGUGCCUGUGCGACCAGGCCCCCGCCAGCUCAUUGCCAGCUUGGAUAGCCCGCAGCUCUCCCAGGUGCACGGUGUCAUCCAGGUGGAUGUGGCCCCAGCCGCUGGGGACAGGGGCUUCUUCUCAGACGCUGGAGGUGACAGUCACUUGGGAGAGACCAUCCCUAUGGCAUCUCGAGGUGGAGCUUAGCCCUGUGCCAGGAGCAAUCAGACUGGAGUCAGAUGAGCAAGGACACUGCCCCAAGAUGGGGGCACACUACAGAGCAGCUCCCCAGGAGCUCAGGUGGGGAGUCCAGGGCUCCUGGAGAGGGAGUCAGUCUUCAUUUGCACUAGGGGCACAGAUGCUAAUAAACUGUUUUUUAAUGAA